CAUGCUCUCAAACUCGUAUCAGAAUCUAGCCUACUCAGUCGUCGGUACAUGAUGUGCCUCCUAAAGCAAGUUCAAUGAGCAUGGCAUGCGAUGUUUCGUGAUUCGCUCAUACUGAAGUCUGAUGGCGGCGUUUGGUUGGUGAUCGACCCUCGUCUCCUUUGGCGCUAUUCUGGGCUAUGCCAACAAGGAAAGCACAAACUCGAGGUUGAGCAAGCGGUGCCUAGAACGCUGUACAAUGGGGAAGCAGGUUGUGGUGCUCGCGAGAGAUUACAGAACCGAGUCAAGACCAUGUGAUGUCGUGCAAGGCAAACGACGGUCGUCUCCUCGAGUCUGAAAGUACAAUGGCAGAUUUUGUUUGUUGAGCCUCAUCCGGAAGCUG